AUGGAACCCAAUAACCCUUCACAAAACUACAACGAUAUUCUUUCAAAUAUUAAUUACGGGUAUAGUCAUCCCAUGAUGAACAAUAAUAGAUCAAUUUCAUACGGAAAUGCGACUUCAUCUAUGGGCAACUCUAAUGCUUCAGCUCAACCAUACCCUUCGACAUUUCCCUCACAUGCUGGUCAUGCUAAUGCUAAUCCACCGCCAUCCGCUAACAACAUCUCUUUUAUUAACAUGGCCACUAAUACUAUUCAAUCAAAUAAUAACAUUUUUAGUUUUGAUAUCCCUGGUUUUAAGAUUAUUAUCAUACCUGUAGACAAUUCUUCUUCAAAUAAUGUUAUUAAUAACUCACAAUACCAAUUACAACAACCUUUUAAUAAUUGUAAUAAUUUUAGUGGCUAA